CUUGGCUCAUUCUUUAUCUCUUUUAGGAUUCCCUUGCAGCUAGAUGAUUGCUUUUGGUUGGUUCUUGAGUUGAGUCGCAGCUUGUCUUCUUCGUUCUUUUCUAUACUCUGUUAUUGUAAAACACUUUCAAUUCCCUGUCAUUGUAGACUCCUUUUGUGUAUGCGUGCGUGUGUGUGUGUGUGAAUUCCAAGAGAGAGAACUAAAACUAUACAUUAUUAUUACAUGUUUUAAUAUUUUAAUUGGUGACUACGCUAUUGCGCAUUUCAAUUUCUAAUAGUUCUUUUUUUUGUUAAGUAGUGGAAGAAAGAUAGUGGAGGUGCCGUGCGGUCAAUAGAUGUCACGUGUCCUGUCCCGACUUACGUUGUCAAGACAAAACAGAAGGGAACUCCUCUCUACCUAAAAAUAAAAUAGAGAACUGUAAGCAACAAACAUCUUCUUAACUUCUUUCCUUGGAGAUAGAUAGCGAGAGCGGCGGGGAGGUUAGAGAAGAAGGGAAAUGGAGUCGAGUGACGAUGUGGAGAAUCUUAGCAAAGCCAUCGAGAAGCUUCUUGAUGAGAAGAGGAAGAGAGAAGCUUCUGGUGACGCAUUCAUCGAAGACGAUGACGAUCAGCUUUUGCUCUCUCGGCUUAUUUCUCAGUUGGAGUCACCAAAGCUGAAGGGAAAAACUCAUGGGAAAGCCAAAGAAGCAGAGAAAGAAGAACAAUCUCCAGAUUCUUCACCACCAUCAAAAGGAAAACACGAGGGCAAGAGACAUUUGGAAGAGAGUAUAGAAGAAUUAGCUAAAGACAUCAAGGAGGUGAAGAAGCAGAACAGAAUUACCCAUAUUCUGCUCUCGGCUAUGAUCAUCCUGACAUUGACUUGGCAGCUCUCUGAGUACUCGAUGAUUUUCAUGUUGAAAGAUAGGAUUAGCCACCCAGUCAGAUCCAUUGGGGGUAUGCUCAAUGGGAUGUUCAAAGGUAAGAUACGUCCAUUCAAGAACCAACUCACGGGGACUUCCACUUCCAAAGAUCAAGACAACCAUGGGAAUGGAACAGACAGUGGACCUCAACUUCAAGUGCCCGAGCUAUUGCGAGAAUUUGGUUUCGAUGACGAUGAAGAACGAUAACUUUCUUUUGUUUGUUAUAUGGGAACUGGGUCACCGUCACUAUUUUCUUACUUUUCCAAUAUAGGUAGUCUACGUUUGUACGAUCGAAUGCAAAGAAAAGAAUAGUUGUUUUGUCAUAUGAAAAAGGGUUUCAACUUUCAAAAGGGAACCAUAUUCCAAAUAAAA